UUUUUGACAAACAAUAAUCAGUUAUGUUUCUCAGCUUCUUUUUUUUUACAAGAUAUUGAUGAUUUUUUUCUGUUUUUUUUAAAGCAUUUUUUUUACAGCACCUCUUCAUCUGCAACUGGGUUUUCUCUCAGUACGAUGCCGUGGCCACAUCCUCCUAUUACUGCUGCAAGGACACCGAUUAGGAACCGCCAGCAGUGAAACCUCACUACAUGAUCGCCUCUUUCUGCUCUUCUGCUCCGGCUCCGCUGGGAACAAUCCAGCAACAUCUACAGCCGGUGAGGAGAGGUGACAGCUUCGCUUUCUCUCUCUCACACACACACACACACACACACGUCGCCAAAGUCUGACAGCCAUGAUUCGGGUGGGCCCUCUGCUACAGCUCAGACCGAGGAUCAACUCACUGCUCCAUGGCUAGACCUCACCGUGCAAAGAGCUGGGGGCCUUUCUGCUGAGUAUUCCUCACUGCAUAGUAGCACAUGGAUUUCAAGACUUCAAAUGAAGAGACAAAGACUGGGAUUUAUUUGAUGCAAGAAGGUAAUGAGGAGCCAUUUAAUAUUCGACUGCACUUGGCCAAAGAUAUUCUGACCAUUCAAGAACAAGAUGUCAUCUGCGUGUCAGGAGAACCUUUUUAUUCAAGUGAGAGGACUGUAACGAUCAGGAGGCAGACGAUUGGAGGGUUUGGUCUGAGCAUCAAGGGUGGAGCAGAGCAUAAAAUCCCUGUCGUCAUUUCCAAGAUAUCAAAAGAACAAAAAGCUGAACUCUCUGGACUGCUUUUUAUCGGAGACGGUAUCCUUCAGAUAAAUGGAAUAAACGUUAGAAGCUAUCGCCAUGAAGAAGUGGUCCAAGUUUUGAGAAAUGCUGGUGAAGAAGUGACUCUCACGGUCUCCUUCUUAAAGAAGACGCCCGCCUUUCUGAAACUGCCGCUGUGUGAGGACUGCACAUGUAUUCCAAGUGACCAGAGUAGUGGGACGUCCUCUCCUCUGUGUGACAGUGGUCUGCACUUAAACUACCAUCCUAACAACACGGACACGCUGUCCUGUUCGUCCUGGCCCACAUCCCCAGGGCUUCGCUGGGAGAAGAGAUGGGUGGACUUGCGCCUUAUUCCACUGCUCCACUCCCGCCUGUCACAGUACAUGCCGGGCUCUGAUGUCUGCAGGAAACAUGCUUUCCAGGUUAUUGCUGUGGACGGCGUCUGCACUGGAGUUAUACAGUUCCCCACAGCAGAGGACUGUUUGGACUGGCUGCAGGCAAUAGUGAGCAACAUCUCCGCUCUCACCAAGCACAAUGUGAAGAAGAUUAACAGAAAUUUCCCAGUCAACCAGCAGAUUAUCUACAUGGGCUGGGUGGACGAGAAGGAGCAGGACUCCGUUCAGGACCGAAUGUAUUUGCCAAAGUUCCUCGCGUUGAGAGGUUCCUCGCUCUUCAAGUUCUCAGCACCACCUGUGACAACGUGGGACUGGACCAGAGCCGAGAAAAGCUUUACCGUGUAUGAGAUCAUGUGCAAGAUUCUAAAGGAUAACGACCUUCUGGACAAGAGGAAGCACUGCUUCAGCGUCCAGACGGAGAGCGGCGAGGACAUGUUCUUCAGCGUGGAGCUGGAGUGUGAGCUGCUGGUCUGGGAGAAGGCUUUUCAGAUGGCCACCUUCCUGGAGGUGGAGAGAAUACAGAGUAAAACAUACGCCUGUAUCAUGGAGAGCCACCUAAUGGGUCUCACUAUUGACUUCAGCAUGGGCUUUGUGUGCUUUGAUGCAGCUUCAAAGGCAGUGCUGUGGAGAUACAAGUUUUCUCAACUAAAAGGAUCGUCUGAUGAUGGAAAAAGCAAGAUUAAGUUUUUAUUCCAAAAUCAAGACUCCAAAUCUAUUGAAGCAAAGGAGCUGGAAUUCUCAAACCUCUUCGCCGUGCUUCAUUGUAUUCAUGCUUUUUUUGCUGCCAAGGUUGCUUGUCUGGACCCGAUGUUUGUGGAGAGCCACGGCACCGCAACCACCACUGGGAUAGCUUCACUGUCCAGUAUCUCAUGUAAUUCACAGAUACCCAAACUCAAAUAUGUCACUUGACAGGCGCUGCUCUCAGAGCCCUCAUGAAAAAAGACACUGAACUUACACACGUGACCAUUGCCUAAAGAUGUGGACAGCAGAAGAGGAGUAAACUGAGAUUAUGACACUUUGGGGGGGGG